ACACUUCCUGGGCCUGGAAAAGUGAAGUUAUUUUCCUGCCCUGACAGCUGAGAAUGUACCACAACAGUAGCCAGAAGCGGCACUGGACUUUCGCCAGCGAGGAGCAGCUGGCGCGACUGCGGGCCGACGCCAACCGCAAGUUCAAAUGCAAGGCGGUGGCGAACGGGAAGAUGUUUUGUUUUUUUAUAAACUGAAGGCAAGACCCUCCACCUGUAAAAAGAUUACUGUUUGCUUUAUUGCGGUGGUCUGGAACGGAACCCGCAAUAUCUCCGAGGUUCUUCCUAAUGAUCCAGUCUUUCUUGAGCCUCAUGAAGAAAUGACACUCUGCAAAUACUAUGAGAAAAGAUUAUUGGAAUUUUGUUCAGUGUUUAAGCCAGCAAUGCCGAGGUCUGUGGUGGGUACAGCUUGUAUGUAUUUCAAGCGUUUUUAUCUCAAUAACUCAGUAAUGGAAUAUCACCCCCGGAUAAUAAUGCUCACGUGUGCAUUUUUGGCCUGCAAAGUGGAUGAAUUCAAUGUAUCUAGUCUACAGUUUGUUGGAAAUCUGCGGGAGAGCCCUCUUGGACAGGAGAAGGCACUUGAACAGAUUUUGGAAUAUGAACUGCUUCUUAUACAGCAACUUAAUUUCCACCUUAUUGUCCACAAUCCUUAUAGACCCUUUGAAGGCUUUCUCAUUGAUUUAAAGACCCGCUAUCCCGUGUUGGAGAAUCCAGAGAUUUUGAGGAAAACAGCAGAUGACUUUCUUAAUAGAGUUGCACUGACGGAUGCUUACCUUUUAUACACACCUUCUCAAAUCGCCCUGACUGCCAUUUUAUCCAGUGCUUCCAGAGCAGGAAUUACUAUGGAAAGUUAUUUAUCAGAAAGUCUGAUGCUGAAAGAGAACAGAACUUGCUUGUCACAGUUAUUAGAUGUAAUGAAAAGCAUGAGAAACUUGGUAAAGAAAUAUGAACCACCGAGACCUGAAGAAGUUGCUGUUCUGAAGCAGAAGUUGGAGAGAUGUCAUUCUGCUGAGCUUGCACUUAACGUAAUUACGAAGAAGAGGAAAGGCUAUGAAGAUGAUGAUUAUGUCUCAAAAAAAUCCAAACAUGAGGAGGUAUGUUCUCCAAAGGUCACUAAACUGGCAUCAAAGCAAGGUCCACAUUUAUUUCAGAUUUUCCUACCCAGUUUUAGAGGUUUUAUUUCAUCAUUGACCAGCUAGUUACUGCAAGGCCUGCAAAGGUAAAUAACAAGUUUCCUAUUGUAGCUUAAGAGACUGGGAGGGAACCAAACCGCCUAGCACUAGGUUUUUGGAAGGAGACCAAGUUGGAUACUACCGUGGUGAUCCCCCUGAAAAGCAGGAGGGAGGGAAAGGAAAGGAAUAUGAUACAGAGAAAAAGUGGAACUGAAUUGACAUUAAUAAAAGGUAUAGUACAGGGUAAGCUGAGUUUUCUGUCAUUAUUCAACUGUGAUUAUAGCUAUACCAGGGCUAGCUGCCUCCACAGAAAUCUUUUAACCCCUCAUAUUUAACACUUUGUUUUUUCCUACAUUUUAAUCAGGGGGAUAUAAUAAAAUGUUGCUCUUGGAAUAUAGGCCUUUAGAAAAUUUCUUUAGUGUGGGAAAUAAGUUUCCUAAUAAUCUCCCUUGGUUCCUGUCUCAUCCACUUUUGAUAUGCUGCUUAAUACCUAUCCCCUAUACAGUUAUAGGAGUGAAUGAAUUAAUAUGAUCCUUCUAAAGAGACCAUUAGCAAAAAAAAAAAAAAAAAGACCUGAAGGUUUAUCUUCUCUUUGGGCCUGGCUUUAAUACUAAAUUUGAACUGUUUCUAAACAAGGAAGAAAAUUAAAUUAAAUGCUUACCUCUAUUUAGACAGAAGUAAUCAAUUAGUUAAUAUCCCUUGGUUUUAUUUUAACUUAACCCUUGUGAAUACUUCACAAAGAUACACAUACAGAAGCAAAUAAAACUAUACAAACUAAAUACCCAGCAGAUACAACAAGUAGUCAGAAGUUCAAAGAUGGAUAGCUGUUAAGUGACUCAUGAGGUUGUUUGCAUAAUCAAUUUGGAAUUAAUGAAUACUUUCAACAAAAAGCAUUCUAGGUGUUUUUUUAACACAAAAGAAAUUGGUAGUCUAAAAUGUUUGGGUAACAUGCAUCGAUCAGUACAAUGACCAAUAUUUAUUGAAUUUAAACUAUUUACUGUUGUAAACAUUUAACAAAAGCAUUAUGAGAUCUAAAUACAGUUUGAACAAAUAAGUGGUAUGUUUAAAAAAUAAAGCUGAUGAGCAAUA